AUGCAUAAUUAUGACCAGCAGCUUGAAUUAAAAACAUUGCCAUCCACUCUCAAAUAUGCUUUUCUUGGUAAAAAUAAUACUUUUCCUAUCAUCAUUUCUUUAUCAUUAACACCAGCACAAGAAGAACAGCUGAUGAAUAUUCUUCAGGUGCAUAGGGCAGCAAUCAACUGGUCUCUUGCAGACAUCAAAGGCAUUAGUGCAGACACGUGUAUGCACAUAAUUUUUAUUGAGGAAAAUGUCAAACCCUCUAGAGAAGCCCAAAGACGAUUGAAUCCUAAGAUGCUAGAAGUGGUGAAGAAAGAGAUUAUGAAAUGGUUAGAUGCAAGGAUCAUAUAUGCCAUCUUGGACAGCCCAUGAGUAAGCCCUAUCCAUGUAGUACCCAAGAAGAUAAGAAUCACGGUGUCGAGAAAUGAAAAAGAGGAGGAGAUUCAAACUAGAUUACCAUCAAGUUGGAGAAUUUGCAUAGAUUAUAGAAAGUUAAAUGCUGUAACAAAAAAAUAUCAUUUUCCUUUACCUUUUAUUGAUCAAAUUUUAGAAAAAUUAGCUGGUAAACAUUUUUUCUGUUUCUUAGAUGGAUAUUCUGGUUAUAAUCAAAUAGCUAUACAUCCAGAUGAUCAAGAAAAGACCACCUUUACAUGUCCUUUUGGCACUUAUGCAUUUAGGAGAAUGCCCUUCGGUUUAUGUAAUGCACCAUCUACAUUUCAAUGA